AUGAGCACACGCACAGGCGGUCGGCAAUCCAUGUCAGAGCUGAAGCUCAGACGCCUGAUAGAGCACAACCAACGUCUGCGAGAGGAUCUCGCACGACCGCGAGUGAGAGUCAGCGAAGCCAGCGCCAGCCUUAUUCGAUAUUGCAAGACCACAAAGGACCAUCUUGUGCCGUCCGUUUGGGGCCCAGUAGGACGAGCAGAGGAUCCCUACGGCCAACAAGCCACAGGGAAGUGUUGCAGCAUCCAGAAGCAUCCUCGUUACCCCGGAACGGUUCAGGAUGCCCCGGCGGUAAAAGCACCCAUUCGACAUCUUCCUAUCACUCUUACAACCAUUGUAACACCACCACUGACACCCAUCCAUAUUCCAUCCUUCCACCCUCUCUGGAUGCUUGCCAUUUUGCUUCCGCUGCUAUCCUGGUUCCUGUCUUCAAUCCCCUGA